CAUAGCUGGUGUAGUUAAUACUUGAUUAGCAUAGUUAGUGUAGUUAGUGCUAGUUAGCACUGUUGGUACAGUUAGCGUAGUUAGCGCUGUUAGUAGAGACAGCACACUUAGCACUGUUAGUACAGUUAGCAUUGUUAGUUAGCGUAGUUAGCGUUCUAGGUAGUGCUGUCAGUCAGUGUAGUUAGCAGGUCACCAUGAUGCAGGGCCUCACAGCCAACUCUGCUGACAAGGAGGCUCAUAUUGACGGCUUUGAGAUCCUCCGCACCAUUGGUGAAGGCACCUUCAGUAAAGUGAAGUUGGCGCGGCACAUUCUGACCGGGACACAGGUGGCUCUCAAGGUGAUUAAGAAAAGGCGUCAGAGCGUCGCAAGUGUCCAGGCAGUUUUCCGGGAAGUGUGCAGUAUGAAGCUCCUGAAUCACCCCAAUAUUGUGAAACUGCUGGGGGCGAUUAACACAGAGGAGGCAUUUAUUCUGGUGAUGGAGUACCUCAGUGGGGGGGACAUGUGCCACUAUUUGAAGAUCCAUGACCGUAUGACAGAGGCGGAGGCCCGAGGCCCGUUCCGGCAGCUGCUCUCCGCCUUGCAGCACUGCCACCAGAGGGGCAUCGUGCAUCGGGACCUGAAGCCAGAGAACAUCCUCUUUGAUUCCAACAUGAAUAUCAAACUUACAGACUUUGGCUUCAGCAACAAGUGUGAUGACUCUGGACAAAUGGACACAAUCUGCGGCACACCCCCUUACUUUGCCCCGGAAAUCUUCCUGGGGCAGAGCUACGGCCCUGCGGUGGACGUGUGGAGCCUGGGAGUAGUGCUCUACGCCAUGGUAACUGGGUGCCAGCCCUUUUGGGGAAAAGACUACCAGGAGCUGCGGAAGCAAGUCCUACAAGGGAAAUACCACAUCCCACCUUAUCUGUCUUUGGAGAUAAGGGAUCUAUUACAAAAAAUGAUUGCCCUCAACCCCAGUGACAGAGGCACCUUACCUGACCUCAUGGGGCAUGCUUGGUUAAACAUGGGCCAGAAGGAGCCACUCCAGCCACCCUGUGAAGAGGACCUGAAGGUGACAACGGUGACGACUCCGGGCUUGACUUGCGACCAGAUCCAGGAUGCUGGAACAGGCAGUGUGAGCGCCAAGAAACCCCAGGUAGGGGCCUCCAUCGUAACUGUGAGGCCCUUCUGUCGCGGGGACCUCAGCGGCAGUGAACUUGAGCCUUCUCAAAGCCCUGUGGUGUCCCCCCUGAAAAGCAGGUGGCUCUACCAGGGAGAAAACGUGCAGCUGCAGGAAGACCAGCAGGCGGAGCAGAAGACCGGUGAGUCUGCCUGUCCCCCACCCAGCCUGGAGGCGAGGACUGCCACCCCCAGCCCAGCCCCCCAGUGUGGCACUGGGACAUCCCCCUCCACCAGCAGCAGGAUUGGAGCCCCAGAGGGAACCAGCUGCCCCCCGGGUGUGUCCAACACUGGAGGGUCCUCCCACACUGGGCAGCCUGAGAGUGUGUCCUCAUCCACUCCCUCUGGCCACAGCCAGAAAAAGCAAGGGGUGGCUAGGAGAAUCUGGAACUUUGUUUUGAAACAUCUUUGUUGCAAGCUGCCCAGCAAGAGGCGUCAUAAUAAAGUGAGCCCAUGUGAACCCCAUGCAUGACCGAGGCAGGAAGGUCAGGCCGCCGCGCUCCCUGGGGCCCGGUCCAGUGGAAGAUGAGGGUGUUCUCUGCGCGGCCUUCAGAAGCAUCGUAUCCAAGACCCUGGCCAGCUCAGAGGAUGGUCCGGAGCAGCCCGGGCGACCGAAAGCGAGGCCACCGUGGCUGCAGGUCUGCCCCUCAACCCCCACCUGGGUGAAACUUCAGAGACUGGACUGUCAUUCCUGGGUCACGUCUCCCCUCCCCCACUCUUCUGUCUUCCGUGUUGGUGGGGGAGGGGGAUAGUUCUUGUUCCAAGGACUCCUUGGUUCUUCCAAUUCUAGUUAAUAAACUUGAUGCUCGGGCUUCCCUGGUGGCGCAGUGGUUGAGAAUCUGCCCGCCAAUGCAGGGGACACGGGUUCGAGCCCUGGUCUGGGAAGAUCCCAUGUGCCGCGGAGCAGCUGGGCCCGUGAGCCACAAUUACUGAGCCUGUGCAUCUGGAGCCUGUGCUCCGCAACAAGAGAGGCCGCGACAGUGAGAGGCCCGCGCACCGCGAUGAAGAGUGGCCCCCGCUUGCCACAACUAGAGAAAGCCCUAGCACAGAAACUAAAACCCAACACAGCCAUAAAUAGAUAAAUAAAUACUUUAAAAAAAAAACAAAAAAAACUUGAUGCUCCAGAAAGAUGUAUCACACCCUGCUUUGCAUCUGCUGUGAUGUAUAGUGCUCAAGGAGACACCUAGAAAGACAGAAGCUGAGAGAUUGGAGUGUGGAUGCACAAAUAGAGUUACUAGGAAUGGGAGAAGUACAAUUUAAACUCAGUUACUGGGGCGCACACUUCCACUCCAGCACAACGCAGUGCUUUACAUGUUUACAUGGCCCCAAGGUAUUAUAGGACACAUUCCCAUUAGCUCUGUUGCUUCUGGGCCAUGCUCAGGAACUAGGUCAAUACAGAUGCUCCUGGGUGGGGAUCCAGCAUCCACAUUGCUCAGUUCCAUCCUUUUCCAUAAGCCCGAGCUCACCCCCAGCCUCCUCCCCACAAACAGGUGGAGGUCAGCUCAUGACUCUCACAAUCCUCAGGUUCUUCCAACCUGCUUUCAUCCUUGGGGAAAACCAGCCAAUUGUUGGCUUGUCUUUCCCAAAGUUAUCAUCCUCUUUAUUUCUAAUGUGGAACACCUACCUCUUUAUUCAAUUUCAGAUUUUAUAAAAUACUGGAAAAGUCUUUGGCUUUAAGCUGCUUUUUUCUGCUUUCCUACAACAAAUGUCCACUGAGAAAGAAAACAGAAAAUCAUUAUCUAAUUGAAAUUGUAGGAGCAAAUAUAUGUAGAAAAAAUAUAUAUACCUUGAUACUGUCCCAUUUGUAUACAUAUUUCUGAUCAGUGCCAUUUGUAUAGCUUCACUAUUAAUUGUCAAUUCCUUUGGGGUAACCUGGAGUCCCUACUGACAUGCAAACAUUCUCUGAGAAAACAGCACUGCUAUUACCACUUAACUAUGCUUUAAGGUAAAUUAAUUUGUCAGCUUUGUUGGUAUGACCACUGACAGUCACUAGACUGCAGCUCGUUAAGAUUGGUUAUAAAAUGUGUUUUGCUGGAGGGCGGGGGAGAGGAAGUUUCUGAGCCCAGUUGAUAUUCUCAGACUAAUUCACAGUGUGGUCUUGGGGGCUGUUCCUGUCUCUGGAAUAGAAGCGGCCAGAGAGUGAAGAAUUACAAGAACAUUUACUUCCUUCAUUUCCUCUUUAGUUCUAAAUAUAUCUCAAUGUCCAAAAAUAAAAGGCUAUGUAAUAUAUUUCCAGUUUUUCUUUAUGAAUAGGAUCAGUAAAUAAUUAAUAAAAGCAAAUUAAAAGUGAA